AAUCAGAAAGUCAAUAAAGUGAACAAAACCGCCGUUACCGGUAGCCAGUCAUCCCUCUCCUUGAUCCUUCACACAAGCCAAGGAAAAUCCCAAUCUGUCUCUCUCUACUCUCAAAUUCAAUUCCCAACUUUCUUGACAAGAAAGAAAAGCUGAAGCCAAAGUCUUCAAAUGCUAUCAAUAAAUACCAACAUACUCACUGCUUUUAUCUCUUAAAUCAAUUUCCCUUCUCUUUUGGAUCACCAAUUCACAAAGCAAAUCGUGUAAAGUAUGCAUCUUUACAAUGCAUGGCUUCCACCGCCGGUGGCUGAAGAGUCUAAGAAAGAGAAAGAGUCCUUCUCUUGGGUCGUCUCCUCCGUCAAAGGCUCGUACAAACCCGACGAUCCUGAAUCCGUCUAUUCAACUCUCAAAUGGGUUUCUGUUAUCGACCUUUUUGUCAAGGCAAAAAGUGACGUAUCUUUGGAAGAUGUAACUGCUCUUGUUGAAUUUGGAUUGGAACUGUUUCAUGUGUCGCAAAAUAAGCUUUAUGCCCAGGUUAGAUGGGGAAACAUCCUUGUCAAAUUACUCAAUAAGCACCGAAAGAAGUUGUCCUUGAAAGUAAAAUGGCGGCCUUUGUAUGAUACUUUGAUCCAUACACAUUUCACUAGGAAUACAGGUCCCGAAGGCUGGAGAUUGAGACAAAGACAUUUUGAGACUACUACUUCUCUUGUUCGGUCCUGCCGGAAGUUCUUCCCACGAGGUUCUGCCUUUGAGAUAUGGUCUGAGUUUAGAUCUUUAUUGGAAAAUCCAUGGCAUAAUUCAUCCUUUGAGGGAUCUGGGUUUGUUAGACUGUUUCUUCCCACAAACUUGGAUAACCAGGAAUUCUUUUCGCACGGUUGGAUUAAAGAGUUUUUGCACCUAUGGGACUCGAUACCGAAUUGCCAAUUUUGGAACAGUCAAUGGGCAGCUGUUAUAGCUCGUGUUGUAAAGAACUACAACUUUAUUGAUUGGGAGUGUUACUUGCCCGCACUUUUCACCAGAUACUUAAAUAUGUUUGAGGUUCCUGUGGCAAAUGGAAGUGGAUCAUAUCCCUUUUCUGUGGAUGUUCCAAGAAACACAAGGUUCUUGUUCUCCAAUAAAACAGUUACCCCAGCAAAGGCCAUUGCAAAGUCAAUUGUCUAUUUGCUAAAGCCUGGUAGCUCGGCACAGGAGCACUUUGAAAAAUUGGUCAACCUCUUAGAACAAUAUUACCAUCCUUCUAAUGGUGGUCGUUGGACUUAUGCAUUAGAACGUUUUCUGCUCUAUUUGGUAGUUUCAUUCCAGAAGCGCCUACAGCAUGAACAACUAAACAUAGGUAAAAAUAUUCAGGCUGACCAGUAUCUAGGAAGAUCAGAAAGGAUUUUCUUUGUCAAUGUGGUGCUGAAGUUAAUUGAUCGUGGUCAAUAUAGCAAGAAUGAACAUCUUUCUGAGACAGUUGCUGCCGCAACUUCAAUUUUGUCUUAUGUGGAGCCUUCUCUUGUCCUUCCUUUUGUUGCAUCUCGCUUCCAUAUGGCCUUAGAGACGAUGACUGCCACCCACCAGUUGCAGAUUGCAGUGAUGUCAGUAGCAUUUGUUGGGCGUUCAUUAUUCCUCUCAUCCCUAUCAAGUUCUGCAGUAAAACCAGUUGAUCCUGGUAGUGGUGAUGAGUUCAUUGAUCUUCUGGUGGUUUCACUAUCCAAUGCAUUACUUGGUAUGGACGCGAAUGAUCCUCCUAAAACCUUGGCAACAAUGCAAUUAAUUGGUUCUAUAUUUUCCAAUAUGUCUUCAUUGGAUGAUGACAUUGAUGAGUUAUCAGUCAUGCCAAUGAUUCGAUUUUCUGAAUGGUUAGAUGAGUUCUUAUGUCGCUUAUUUUCCUUACUCUUACACCUGGAACCAAGCAGUGUUACGAAUGAAGGCCUACAUUCAUCAGCAACGUCAGGAACUUUUCUGGUCGAGGAGGGUCCUUACUACUAUUGUAUGCUUGAAAUCUUGUUUGGGAGACUCUCACGACCUCUCUAUAAUCAGGCUUUGAAGAAGAUCUCCAAGUUUGUGAAGACAAAUAUUCUUCCUGGGGCAAUUGCAGAGGUUGGACUGCUUUGUUGUGCCUGCGUUCAUUCUAACCCAGAAGAGGCAGUUACUCAACUUGUUGAGCCAAUUUUAUUGUCUGUUAUAUCUUCUUUAGAAGGAACACCAGCUACAGGAUUUGGAGGUAGAGGAAUGUGCGAUGCCUCAGUUUCAACAAAGGUCAAACCAACAAUUUCUCCAGCUCUUGAAACAGCAAUUGACUAUCAAUUAAAAGUAUUAUCAGUUGCUAUAAGUUAUGGAGGUCCUGCACUUCUGCGCUACAAGGAUCACUUCAAAGAGGCGAUUAUUUCUGCUUUUGAGUCCCCAUCUUGGAAGGUCAAUGGAGCUGGUGAUCAUCUUCUUCGAUCCCUUCUUGGAAGCCUGAUUCUUUAUUAUCCUAUUGAUCAAUACAAGUGCAUUUUGCAUCAUCCAAAUGCUGCUGCAUUAGAGGAAUGGAUCAGCACCAAAGAUUAUUCAGAUGAUAAACCAAUGGUGGCUCCCAAGUGGCAUAUCCCAAGUGUUGAAGAAGUUGAAUUUGCAAAUGAACUUUUGGACCUUCAUUUUCGGUUGGCUUUGGAUGAUCUUUCGAGAAUAUGUGAAACUAAAGUCCAUUCUGAUCCAGGAGAUGAGAAAGAGCACUUGAAAGUGACUCUUCUACGUAUAGAUUCUUCAUUGCAAGGUGUUUUGUCUUGCUUGCCUGACUUCACCCCGUCCUCCAGGAAUGGGACUGUUGAACAUCCAAAUCAGGCUUCUUUUCUAAUAGCUGGAGCAACAGGUUCAAGUGUUGGCAGCACUAAAUUGCGGGAAAAAGCUACUGAGAUUAUACAUACAGCCUGCAAAUAUAUACUAGACAAAAAAGCAGAUGACAGCAUUCUGUUGAUACUCAUUAUUCGUAUUAUGGAUGCCUUAGGAAACUAUGGAAGUUUGGAGUAUGAUGAAUGGUCAAAUCACAGGCAGGCAUGGAAAUUAGAAUCGGCUGCCAUUAUAGAGCCUUCAAUAAACUUUAUAGUUUCAGCUCAGUCUAAGGGGAAGAGAAGGCCGCGGUGGGCACUUAUUGACAAGGCAUUCAUGCACAGUACCUGGAGAUCAUCACAAUCAUCCUAUCAUGUAUAUCGUACUAAUGCAAAUUUCGGUCCACCAGACCAUGUGAAUCUUUUGGUGGAUAAUCUUCUAAAUCUUACAUUGCACAGCUAUGAAACAGUUCGUGUGCUUGCUGGGAAAGCUCUUUUAAAGAUGAUAAAGAGAUGGCCAUCUAUGAUUUCAAAGUGCGUUCUUUCUCUAACUGAGAACUUAAGCAGUCCUAAGUCGCCAGAAUAUGUGGUGCUAGGUUCAUGUGCUGUCCUUGCCACACAGACAGUUCUCAAGCAUUUGACAAUGGAUCCGAAGGCAUUCUCUUCAUUCAUCCUUGGAAUUCUUUCAAGCUCUCAUCAUGAAUCACUGAAAACCCAGAAGGCAAUCAAUGAGCUUUUUGUCAAAUACAACAUCUACUUUGCUGGAGUAUCUAGAAGCAUUUUCACAACAUCAGGGAAUCAUACAGAUGCACCAGAUUUUUCAGAUUUGGUUUCUCAGAUCACUUCUAUGAGUUUUGAUUCUAUUGGCUUGCAUUGGAGGUACAAUCUGAUGGCUAACAGGGUUCUACUCCUGUUGGCAAUGGCAUCUAGGAAUGACCCAAAUUCCUCAUCAAAAAUUUUGAGUGAAACUGCUGGUCACUUCUUAAAGAAUUUAAAAAGUCAGCUUCCUCAGACAAGGAUACUUGCAAUAUCAGCUUUAAAUACACUGUUAAAAGAAUCGCCUUAUAAACUGUCACCUGAAGAACAGGCUUCCCUGCCUGGGAAUUUGCACGGAAGUAGAAAGUCAUCCCUUGAAGGAGAAUUAACCCAAAUAUUUCAGGAAGAUGGAUUUUUCAGUGAGACCUUGACCAGUCUUUCUCAUGUUCACAUAGUUACUGAUACUGAAAGCACAUCUUCUAGAGGAAACCAUGGGAGUUCUUUUCAGAGCCUAGCAGACAAAUCAAUUACCCGUUUUUAUUUUGAUUUUACCGCUUCAUGGCCACGUACUCCUACUUGGAUCUCUUUAUUAGGAAGUGACACAUUUUACUCAAACUUUGCGAGAAUUUUCAAGCGGCUAAUACAAGAAUGUGGCAUGCCUGUUUUAUUGGCACUUAAAAGCUCAUUGGAGGAGUUUGCAAAUGCUAAGGAGAGGUCUAAGCAGUGUGUUGCUGCUGAAGCAUUGGCUGGAAUAUUGCAUUCUGAUGUUAACGGUAUUUCAGUAGCAUGGGAGAAUUGGAUUUUGGUCCAGUUGCAGAAUAUCAUUCUAUCACAAUCAGUAGAAUCAAUACCUGAGUGGGCAGCCUGUAUACGUUAUGCUGUUACUGGGAAAGGGAAACAUGGAACAAGAGUCCCUCUUUUGAGACAACCAGUACUGGAUUGUUUGGCCACACCUUUACCUCGAACGGUAACUACUACUGUAGUUGCCAAGCGCUAUGCUUUUCUUUCGGCUGCACUUAUUGAAUUAUCUCCACAGAGAAUGCCAUUAACUGAAGUACAGCUCCAUUAUAGACUUCUGGAGGAGUUUCUCGGUAACAUGUGCCAUUCAUCUGCCCAAGUAAGAGAAGCUAUAGGUGUCACCCUUUCUGUGUUGUGCUCUAACAUCCAACUGUAUGAAUCAUUUGAUCAUGAACAUUCACAUGCGGAGGAAAGAAGAGAUGUUGCCAAGAAAUUUGAUGGGAGAAGUUGGGUUCAGUUUCUAAAAGAGCGAGCAUCUGAAGUGCUAAUAAAUAUUCAGAAUACCACCCAGUCUGACAGUUUGGAGACCCCAGCAACUAUCAGUCCUGAAAAUGGGCAUUUAAAUGGUGAUUCACAGGAUGAUGUCAAAUGGAUGGAAACGCUUUUCCAUUUUAUCAUCUCAUCUUUGAAGUCUGGGCGAGCUUCAUAUCUGCUGGAUGUAAUUGUGGGACUUCUUUAUCCUGUAAUAUCAUUGCAGGAAACUUCAAAUAAAGAUUUGUCAACUUUAGCCAAGGCAUCUUUUGAAUUGCUGAAGUGGAGAGUUUUCUGGGGACCUCAUCUCCAGGAGGCUGUAUCCGUGAUUCUUUCUUCUGCCAAUGACUCUAACUGGCGAAUUAGAUCCGCAACACUUACAUAUCUGAGAACUUUUAUGUAUAGGCACACUUACAUUCUCUCAAGUACGGAGAAACAACAAAUUUGGAGAACUGUUGAAAAGCUACUUGUAGACAACCAAGUUGAGGUAAGAGAACAUGCUGCUGCAGUAUUAGCAGGCCUAAUGAAGGGUGGAGAUGAAGAUUUAGCUAAAGACUUUUGUGAUAAAGCUUACACUGAAGCUGCUAUUCUUCAGAGGAAGAGAAAGCGAAGAAGUUUGAGCUCGAGCCAGUCCAUAGCUUCCAUUCAUGGCGCUGUACUUGCUUUGGUAGCUUCUGUGUUAUCAGCCCCUUAUGAUAUGCCUAGUUGGUUACCUGAGCAUGUUACUUUACUCGCUCGUUUUGGUGGAGAGCCAUCGCCAGUGAAAUCCACAGUUACAAAAGCAGUUGCAGAGUUUCGACGUACCCAUGCUGAUACAUGGAAUAUUCAGAAAGAUUCAUUUACUGAAGAGCAACUUGAGGUUCUGGCUGAUACAUCUUCUUCUUCUUCAUAUUUUGCAUGAUUCACCGUGUAAUUCAUAGUAAAGAGAAAGGAUAUAGUUGUAUCACAAUUUCACAAUUGAUUGAAAGUCAGCAAUAAAUUAUGCAUUUUUCAUAAGAUUUUUCUUUCACCAUAAUUUA